AUGAAUCUUGUAAGUGCUUUAUCGGCAUUAUUGAAUACACGUGAGGAUGGUAUGCGCCUACUUAUAUCAAUUCUAGCAGGGUAUCCUUUAUCGGCAAUUUAUCGAGCGACGAUCUAUAAUAAGUCUGUUACAAUUCAGCAUUUAUACUUUGCGACUGUUGGUGUUGCAUUCUAUUUGUUCAAUUACGGAUUUGCAAUAUAUCAUAGUCUGUUGAGUAUUUUACUUGCGUAUUUACUGACAAAUUACCUCGCCGGUACGAAACACUCCGUUAUUUUAGCUCACAUCAUCUUUCUUGGUCAUCUGUUGAUUGGUUACUGGUUCGCAGAAUCAGAUCAGUAUGAUAUCACAUGGACUACGCCGUUUUGUAUCACAACUUUACGUUUUAUUGGUCUUGUUAUGGAUGUUUACGAUGGACAGAAACCGAGGGAUAAGCUGAAACCAGAUCAGCUGAAAACGGCGAUCGUCGAUCCGCCAGGUAUCCUAGAAAUAGCUGCAUACGGAUAUUGUUUCACGGGCACUUUUGUGGGGCCACAGUUUCCAUUAGCUCGAUUUCGUUCACUCAUUAAUGGUGCAUUUUUGGACGAAAAUGGAGAAGUUCGUGCUUCUGGGCUUAUGCCAAGUUUGGGACGAUUCAUUGCUGGUUGCUUUUAUGCUGUAAUUCAUCAGUGGGGUGCAUAUUGGAUUCCGGGCGAAUACUUCAAUACACGGGAAUUCUUUAAUCAAUCAUUCCUGUGGAAGAAUAUAUGGAUUGUUUUAUGGUUCAAGUUGACGAUGUGCAGAUACGUGUGUUGUUGGCUUUUUACGGAAGGAGCAGCAAUAUUGAGUGGUUUAGGCUAUAAUGGUAAAGACGAAAAUGGUCAGGAUCGAUGGGAUGGCGUAAGAGAUAUUCAUUUGCUUCGUUAUGAGUUUGGUGCAGAUUUCCAGAGUGUGGUGGAUAGUUUCAAUGUGGGGACGAAUACAUUCGCGAAAAAUCACAUAUACCGACGUCUUCGCUGGUUGGGUAAUCGUUAUCUGAGUCAUGUUAUAACGCUGACUUAUUUGGCUGUAUGGCAUGGCUAUCAUUUGGGAUAUUUCGUCAUAUUCGGAUUCGAGUUCGCGUCGAUGGUUGCACAGCAUCAGUUGUAUGAUUUGAUCAAGGAUACACCGGGUGCUAGUGAGUUUUUUGCACAGAAAUGGUUGUAUCCGUUCAAGAUGGUUUUCGGUAAAGUGUUUAUAACAGUCGUUAUGGGUACGGGAUUUUUGUCGUUUGGACUGGUGAAAACACGAGUGUGGAUCAAGCCGUUGUUAUCCAUAUACUUCUAUAUGCAUAUAUUGAUGAUGGUUGUUUGGCCAAUUCUCUAUCAAAUUUUGAAGAAGACUCUUCCAAGGAAACCGAAAGAAGGCCGACAAAACGAUGUGACUUCAUCUCUGACCAAGAAGGCUGAAUAG